AGAAUGAGCAGGUUGAUUUGAUAUGUUUUGAUGUCUUCUUUUCAUUCAGUCUGUUGUCUCUUUCUUUCCGUCAGUUUGAAGCACCUGCACGUCGAGACUGUUUCGGUUCCUCUGUGAUGGGAGAAACUUUAGCGCAAUUGUAAACCCGCCUCAGAAAACCACCACCAGCGAGCUUCACUUCCACUUUCUCUGUCUCUUUUCGUCUUUGUGUAUCUGUCCGUCGGGAGAUCUCCAGCAUGUCUCUCCCGCAACAACUGCGAGAUGAAAGUGAUUUCGACCAGCUUCCGGACAACAUUCCGGUCUCUGCCACCAUCGCUGAUGUUGAGGAGAAGAAAGGCUUCAUUGUUUACUACAGGUUUGUAAUUGAGGUGAAGACCAAGGGCAACCUUAAGUACCUGAUCUACAGAAGAUAUCGGCAGUUCUUUACUCUACACGAGAGCCUGCAGCUGAAGUACUCACCAGAAGCCCAGACUGGAUAUAACACAGGCAAACUACCGAUCCUGCCAGGUAAGGUCUUCAUGGGCAACAAAAAGGAGAUUGCAGAGAAAAGAAUCCCAGAGCUCAAUAAUUACAUGAAGAGGUUGCUGUGUUUGCCUACCUGGGUACUCUUGGAUGAUCUGAUACGGAUGUUUUUCUACCAGACUGAGUCGGACAGCCAACAGAUCCCCCGGGCCCUGCGCCGCUUGCGGCCCCCCACACGAAGAGUGAAAACCGUAAAGCCCAAAACAGACCUUCUCUUGGCUCCCAGAGCAGAGGCUGUGUUCGACUUCAGCGCCAGCGGACGGCUUGAGCUCAGUCUGAAAGCUGGAGACGUGAUCUUCCUCCUGAGGAGAGUCAACGCAGACUGGCUGGAGGGCACCGUGAGGGACAAAACGGGGAUCUUUCCAGACUCGUUUGUAAAGAUUAUUAAACCUCUUCCUGAGAGUGAAUCUGAUGACGAGGGAGGAGCUUCCAAGAAACAAGAUCGUGCUCGGGGUUCAUAUAGCUGCCUGCGCUGCAAUAUGCUGAAGCCAGAAGGAAUCGAUACAAGGGACAUUUGCGUUGAGGAAGACAUCUCAAUUCAACCAUCUUAUCUGGAACUUCUCUCCAGAAUGAGGGACGUUUUUCAGGUUGAAGAUAUUGCUCUGAACUAUCGAGACCCCGCGGGCGAUGUGAUACGGGUAUUAGAUGAUGAAGAUGUCACGCUCAUGGUACGAGAGAGCAAGCGGACGGGGGCAGGGGUCAAAAGACCCGUCAACCAGUUUCCGUGGGAGCUGCUGGUAACACAUUCUAAAGAUCUGUCGGUCUACAACACAGAGUACUAAAGGGGACGUUUAUGGCAAAAAGCUACAUUCUGUCUCUGAUACAACCGCCCCUCCCCUAAACCUGUUUAUGAAUCUGUCUUCUGUGGAACCCAAAAGUAGAUAUUUUGAGAAAUGUCUUGGUGGUUUACAGCAUUCUUGAGAACAUCUUCUUUUGUGUUUUGCAAAAGAAAGAAAGUCAUACAGGUUUGAAAUGACACGAGGGUGAAUCAAUGAUGACACAAUUCAUAUUUUUGGUAAACUGUCCCUUAGAGACUAUGGUUGUUUUCACAGAUUCCUUUUAAUUUCACAAUUACCGGACAGUUUUCUUUGUUUUACAUGUGUUUUAUAAUUGAAAAUGAAUUUGUGGUAUAAACACAAUCAGUAUUACAUAGUAGACACAGUUGCUAUUAUAUUUUAUACAUAAAUAUAACAACGCAUUAUUGUACUUACUCAAGUGUUUUUAUUUGUAUGGCGAUGUGACAUUUGGACCUUUUUUGUUGGGUUGCUAAAUUGCUCUCUUUGGGCAUUUCCUUGGCCAACUUCCUUUUUUUAAUUCCUGUUUAAAACAGAAAAAAUAUUUUCGGUAAUUAUUUAUAAAUCAUGGGUGAGUUGCUCAUGUUGAUUUCAGCGCCACAUGUAUAUGCAUAUAUUGUACAGUAGUGAUCGAUGUCUGGAGGGCAUGUUUGUAUACAUUAUUUUUAAUGAGUAUGUUAAAAAUGGACAAAUACUUUAACCUUUAUGGCAUUUGUUAGCCAAAAACUCAAACAGCUCUAAUGUACAAAACAAUGCAUGGUAAAACAACAAGCUUACAAGAAAUAAAGCAUUUAAUGGAUGCAAUUUUAA